GCUUCGUGUGUUUGAUAGAACAACCGCAAAAGAAAGGGGCCUUCCUCUUCUGGUACAGGGACUAGAAACACCGUGGGCCCAUCCAACUCACGGCCGUCAACGCAUACCCCUAUCGAUGGAGCUGGUAUAACUGGCAACAUGCAGCAUAUGAAUAACAUGCAGCAUAUGAAUAACAUGCCAAUGAUGUAUGGUUCCGGUGAAAUAGGUGGUCUUGCAUCAUCAGCAAACCAACUGGUAUAAAAUAAUAUACAGUAACAGCUUUCUCGCUCUCUCUCUUUCAGAUCUUACUAUCUUGUUGUAUAUACAGUAACAGUAACACCUCUCUCGCUCUCUCUCUUUCAGAUGAAUCAUAGGACAAUGACGGAGAUUGAGGAACUUGAGCUGACUCCACUGACACAGCCAUCUCUGGAAAUGAAGGAAAGUUGGGUUCUCAAACCAACUAUCGCCAAGAAAAAGAAGAAAUUUUCUGUUGCUUGCAUCUCAAGCAACAGAAAAUUACUUCUAUGGCUUGGAGGAGUCUUGUGUGUGUCCUGCAUCAUAGCGAUGACCCUGUCGAAGACUCUGCCUCACGACCACUACAUCGUUCCACCAUUAACGAAAGACAAUAGCACCAUUGCUAUUCCAGUGGCAUUGAAGUUCUUCAAUGCCCAAAUAUCCGGAAAACUCCCAGAGGGGAAUAACGUGUCUUGGCGGGGAGAUUCUUGCUUGAACGAUGGCAAGUUUCCAGGGAGCUCUUACCCACAUUUAGCAGGAGGGUACUAUGAUGCUGGAGGUUCGAUCAAGUCCAACUUUCCCAUGUCAUUCUCAAUGACAAUGUUGAGCUGGAGUGUUAUUGAAUAUAGCACAAAGUAUCAAGUUGCUGGCGAACUCAACCAUGUCAAAGGACUCAUCAAGUGGGGAGGAGCAUGGAUGUACUAUGCUACGGGAGAUAACACCUAUCUUGCGAAGGUAACCAGUCACGAUUUAGCGAAGCGUGCCGGUGCCUUCUCGCAUGGCCCUCGUUAUGGUGUCUUCGGGUGGGACAACAAGCUUGCUGGGACACAGUUGCUCUUGACUCGGCUGAGGCUGUUCCUCAGCCCUCCAUUUCCUUAUGAAGACAUGUUGAAAACCUUUCACGAACAAACCAGCAUAGUAAUGUGCUCGGACUUGCCUUACUACACCAAAUUUAACAGAACAAAAGGUGGUUUGAUCCUGCUGAACCAUGGCGAACCAGAGCCUCUCCAAUAUGCUGCGAAUGCAGCGUUCCUCGCAACCCUCUACAGUGACUACCUCGAUGCUUCUGAUACUCCUGGAUGGUACUGUGGCCCAAGUUUCUUCAAAACUCAGGUCCUACGUGACUUUUCAACAUCUCAGGUUGAUUACAUACUAGGCAAGAACCCACAGAACAUUAGUUAUGUUGUGGGGUUUGGGCAGAAAUAUCCCAAACAUGUACAUCACAGGGGCGCUUCGAUCCCCAAGAACAAGAAAGUGACUUGCGAAGGAGGUUGGAAGUGGAAGGAGAGCAGUAACGAGAAUCCAAACACGAUUGAAGGAGCAAUGGUCGCUGGACCUGACAAGAAUGACGGCUUCCACGACCUACGUGCAAACUACAACUACACACAGGCCACUCUGGUGGGAAACUCAGGUCUUGUGGCAGCUCUUGUAGCCUCGUCACGAGGGGGUGGAGGACUUGACAGAAACGGCCUCUUCUCAGCCAUUACUCCUCUGUCGUUGUCUCCGGAUCCUGAGACUUGAUCAAGAAGAUCAUCUUUGUUUACUCUGUUUUCUGCUUUAUUAUUGGACUUGUUUUCCCUGU